GUAAUAAGCCUCAAAUUAAAUGCGUAUAAAAAUAUCUAGGAAGACCACUUUGUAGUAUCGUGUAGAUUUGUUGUCAUUUGACUUUUAGACAUAAAAACUCCUCAUUGUAACAACACCAGAGUAGAACCACCAAAACAGUUCCUAAAAGGUUCUAGAUCUAUCUAAUAACAACUACGUAGCAUAGUACAAACAAUCUACCAGAACAUUCUAGAAUGCUCUACUAAAUCAACAUGAUACAAUUAGUUCGAUCACAUUCCACAUACUUCAGGUAACCAUUCAUUCUCAUGGAAACUUCUCCUUCAUUACUGUAAGCCUUCCACUCUCAGAUCAUCGCUCAAUACUUAUCCAAAGAGGAAUUAUAAUGUCUUGGAGAAGGAAAAAGCGGUCUUCAUCAGCCGUCAACUGUGACAAUGACAACGAGAGCUCUCCUUGCAAACGUUUUGCGCCUGAAGAGCUUGUCACAGCUUACGUCAGGGACCUCAAUCUGUCCUCCCCUCCUCCCACACCAUCACACCCCCUCCUCACACCCCCACACCAUCACACCAUCACAUCGCUCACUGAAUGUCCCGGACUGGUCAGAACUAACGGCUACCCUGUCGAGAAUCAAGUACCCUCGGACGCAUGGCACAACUUAGGACAACAAAUCACUACAUGGGAGACUACAGGUGUGGAUAACGAGAUUACAACGAGAGGGUCGUCCCCACUGCUACUGAUUGAUGACACUUCCUGUCGUGGUAGCCAGGGGAGGGGGGAAGAGGCUUGUCCCCCAGUGUACCCCAUACAAGCAGCAACCACGAGCACUAACAGACAAUGGACCAUUCCCCAUAAUCCCUCAUUAUUCUCUUCCACAUCCGCCCACCAUAUUUUGCCCGAUUGCAAUGAGCAAAUGUCGAAUGAUCAAUAUACGGAUGACAAUAGACACUUUUUACAAGGGGACAGCCCCCCUGUGUUUGGGGAAACCCUUUCCAACAAGACGUCUCCACUGACUCCACCAGAAGGCUCUCCGGUUCAAGACACAUUGCCGUGGCGACAAGUAACAAUUGAAGAGGCCAACUCGGACAGUAGUGAUGGUACAAGGAAUGGUACAAGUGAUGGCCCUGAAAGGCCGCUGUCGCUAUGGAUAGCUCCUGAGCUGAUUAAAUGUGUCGAGAAGGGAAUUAGUAAUUCUUUACCUCAGAGCCUGUUAGAGAAAUACAACAAACCGGUUGGCAUGGAGCUCGUGUUGUGGGUGGACCAAAGUACUCUAUUCAGUGAUACUAAGCCAUCUUUAUUGCAGGAAAUGGAGGAAGUGGAAAUGGUUGACUCGGCAGAACCUAUCUGGGACAAUUCUGACAUGGAUUCAUAACUGUAAAUAGUAGAGAAAUGAACCAACAAAUCUACUUGUACUAUUUCCUUGUUUACGCUUUAAUAUCAUAUUGAAAUCAUUAUGCCAUAAUUUAUUAUCAAUUAUAAUAUCAAAUAAUUUUACCAUUCAGUGCAUAAUAAAUAAAUAAAUAACACGAUAAGUGUGCUAUUCACAACACAUAAUUGUUUGUGCAACAGACACAGCUAUAUAUAUAUGCAGCAGUACAUAUUAAGAUGUACUCCUGAUACAUGUAAUCAGGAGAACUCACUAAGUGAAAACAAAGCAGCACAAAAGUGAAAGAAUAACACACUAACAUAAUUAUAUAGUACAUGUACACACCGAAUCCCUCGAACUAAUAACCUCCCUGGUCUCCAAACUUCUUGAAUAUCUCGUCAUUGUAUGGGUUAGUGGGGGGGAGCACUCCCAUUUUUUCUAACAAGUCAAACGUCACAGCCGUAUUUAUAGCUUGUCCGAUCUGGCUGGGGUGAAAACCAUCCACUGGUUCUAUCAGUUCCGACGGCUUACCUCCUUCAGCCACCCAGCGCUUAAACAUUUCAUUUAUAGCAGCAUCCAUGUAGUGAACCUUGAAGUUGUUGAAUGUCUCUUUAGCCACCAAGCUCU